CUGACUAUUACUGCUGCCUUCUGAGCCAGAGUUACAGCUAUUGUUGCCUCUCCAGGGAGACGCAAGUCCACUCAGGAACAGGAUGAGGAUGAAGACGAGCGAGGAGGGGAGUUGCAGCCGGAGCCAGAUGCCUCUCACGCGGACGGUGUGGCGAUGGAAGAGUGGGCAAGCAUAGCUCGCUCGGGAAGAGGAUCUCCGUGCACCGCGAAGAGUGAGACCCGUUCACCGUCCCGGGACACGGACCUCGGGACGCCGCCAAUAGACACUCCGUUAGCAGCCCGAAAGAAGAAAGAGUUCCCUUCCUUCAGCCCGGGUUUGUCCCGACCCGUGAUCAGCGGUGGCUGCACCAGGCAGGAGGAGCGAAGAGAGAGCAGGGCCUCGGCACAACUGUUCGAGGGUCCCGCUGGGGGCGCCGGAGAGGAGGAACGGUUGGCGGAUCCCAGGAAGCAGGAAGGGCUCGAGGGUCUCGGAGAGGAGGGACGGCCAGAGGGUCCCAGAGGGGAGUUGGGAAAGUGGGGGGACUUUAGCAUGAAAGGAAUUAGCCUGGAUGAGCAAGGAUGUGGGACAGAAGAAAACGUUGUGAAGAAUGAAUUCGGGACUGAGGAAAACUCUGGGAGCGACGAAGCUGUUGGAAUGGAAAUCAUUGGUAAAGUGGGGGUCACUGAGGAAGCGGGAGAGAUUAGGAAGGAAGAAAUUAUGGAUGAGUUGGGGGACUGUGAAGAGGGAGACAAUGGGGAAGAGAAGGACAUUUGGGAGAAGGGCGUUAUAGAUGAGUUGAGGGACAGUGAAGAGGGAGACAAUGGGGAAGAGAAGGACAUUCGGGAGAAGGGCAUUAUAGAUGAGUUGAGGGACAGUGAAGAGGAAGACAAUGGGGAAGAGAAGGACAUUCAGGAGAAGGGAAUUAUAGAUGAGUUGAGGGACAGUGAAGAGGAAGACAAUGGGGAAGAGAAGGACAUACGGGAGAAGGGCGUUAUAGAUCAGUUGAGGGACAGUGAAGAGGAAGACAAUGGGGAAGAGAAGGACAUUAGGGAGAAGGGAAUUAUAGAUGAGUUGAGGGACAGUGAAGAGGAAGACAAUGGGGAAGAGAAGGACAUUCGGGAGAAGGGCGUUAUAGAUCAGUUGAGGGACAGUGAAGAGGAAGACAAUGGGGAAGAGAAGGACAUUAGGGAGAAGGGAAUUAUAGAUGAGUUGAGGGACAGUGAAGAGGGAGACAAUGGGGAAGAGAGGGAUAUUCGGGAGGAAGGGAUCACUUGUGAGAAAUGGGGCGUCGAGGGGGAGAGCAGAGUUGGGGAGAAUGAGGACCAUGGAGAGGAGAGGGAUAUUGGUGAGAUGGGGGUCGUUGAGGCUGAUAUUGGUCAGAUAGGAUACCCUGAGGAGGGUGAUAUUGGUGAUACGGAGGACGUUGAGGAAGGGGUCAUUAGUGACAUAGGUAACAUUGGAGAGGAGGGGGUUCGGAGAGAGGGGGGUUUUGCGGAGAUGAGGGUGGGAAAAGUGGCAAAUACGAGGGAGCAAAGUGCUGGAGCUGAGGAAGACCCGGGAGAAUGGGGAGACUUUGGGACAGAGGAUGGCUUUGAAGAGGGAUUUGGCCCGGGACUGGCGGCGACGGGCUGCAGGCGGGAGCGGAAGGAGAUUUCAGGGGGAAGUUCGGGAGCCAGAGAGCAGCGGGAGUCGGCAAACUCUCAAAGAUGCUUUCCCGAUGUGGAAGAACGACCAGUGAGCUUGGGGCAGAGGUGUGAUGCCGGGAAGGGAGUAAGCAAGCCCGGCCAGCGGGAGCGGAGAGACCGGGAGCCGGACCCGGAGCAGAUCCUGAUCUGGGGUCCUGAAGAUUCGGCUAAUGAGCCAGACUUUCACUGGAUGGAGACAGGAAGAGGCGAAGAGGUCAUCCCGGAACAGGGAGCGGAUACCUCGGUGGGCAGCCUCAAGGUCACCGCCUCCCCCCGGAGCCCUGACGGCUCCGAAACGGGCGACAGGACAGGGGAACGGGCGGCGGAGAAUACACCGUUCAGCGAUAGAGGGGAGAUCCAGGACCUGCGACAUGGAGAGGCACAGCACCCCGAGCAACGGAGAACCAUACCGCGCCAGGAGUUAGAGCCAUGUGUGUGGGGAACGCAGGACCCAGAGCCCAAGCUGAGAGAAACACAGGCCACUGAGUGCGCUGUGGAGGCGAGGAAUGGGAGGAUAUGGCCAGAAACGCAGGACAGUUAUGUAGUUUCAUACGUGUGGCCAGAGCCGCGGAUAGAACCUGCGUCUGGUACUCAGUACGGGGAGCAGAGACCGGCAACACCGGGGGGAGAACGGGGAGAGGGAGGAGGGAGAGAGACUGCGUCAGGAACACAGGCCAGCGAGCUAACAAUUCAGGACAAAGGGAAUGCACAAGAUACACAGGACAAUAAGGAAACGGAGAGAAAACACGGCAAGGACACAAGACCAGAAACACAAAACAUUGAGGCUGAGGUAAAAAUGCAGGACAACCACCUUGUAUGUAAGACAACCCAGGAGGCAUUGGUAGAAACGCAGGUCUGUGUGGCUGUGCUGGAAAUGCAGGACCUUGACGUUGUGGUAGAUAUGCAGGCCAGCAAGGCCGAGGUUGAAAUAAAGGAUAGUGAGGUUUCAGCAGAAACGCAGGACAUUGAAGUUGUAUUAGAAACACAGGAUGGCAGGUUUGUGAUAGAUACACAGGGUGGUGUGGCUGUGGUAGAAAUAGAAGACAGCAAUUUUCGGGACAGAAACCCCGUGUCAGAAACUCUGGACAACGUGUCAGUGGCUGAUGUGCCAGAAAUCAAGGCCGUGGUGGGGACACAGAGCACAGACGUUUCUUUAGUAUCACCGGGGAGUGAAAUGCAGGAUGGUGAAUUUUUGGAAGAAACACAAGGCACUGAGUUUGUAGAUGAAACAGAUUACUGUGAGAUAGUAGAAGAAAUACAGGACAGUGAGGCUGUAACAAAAAUGCAGAAUGAUGAGACUGUAAGAGAAACACAGGACGCUGAGGUUACAGAAGAAACACAGGAUGGCGAGGCUGUAACUGACAUACCAGGUGGCAUUGUUGCAACAGAAAUGCAGGAUGUUGAGACUGUGACAGAAACACAGGAUAGUGAGACUAUAGCAGGAACACAGGGUGGUGAGAAUGUAGAAGAAACACAAGAUGCUGAGGCUAUAACAGAAAUGCAGUAUGGCAUGAAUGCAACAAAAACACAGGAUGAUGAGGUUGUAGAAGAGACACGAGAUGGUAGGUUUGCAAUCAAAACACAGGACAGCAGGGCUGCAAUAGAAACACAGGAUGGUGAGGCAGUAACAGAAACGGAGAUCACUGAAGCUGUAACCAAAAUGCAGGAUAGUGUGGUAUUAACUGUAAUGCAAGAUGCUGAUGCAGUAGCAGAAAUGCAGGGUGGUGUGUUUGAAGAAGAUACACAGGAUGGUGAAGUUGUAAUAGAAAUGCAGGGCAGUAAGAUUAUAAAAGAAAUACAGGAUGAUAAGGCUGUUAAAGAAAUUCAGGUCAGAAAGGCUGUAACAGAACUGCAGGGUGGCGAGGUUGCAGAAGAAAUGCAGGACAGUAAGGUUGUAACAGAAACACAGGAUGGUCAGGCUGUAACAGAAACAUGUAACGGUCAGGCUGUUACAGAAACAUGGAAUGGUCAGGCUGUUACAGGAACUCAUAACAGUGAGCCUGUAACAGAAACACAGGAUGGUCAGGAUGUAGCAGGAAUACAAAAUAGUGAAGCUGUAACAGAAAUACAGGAUGGUCAGGCUGUACCAGGAUCACAGAACAGUGAGGUUGUAACAGAAACACAGGACAGUGAGGCUAUAACCAAACUGCAGGACAGUGAGCCUGUAACUGAAAUACAGGACGGUCAGGCUGUAACAGGAACACAAGAUGGUCAGGCUGUUACAGAAAAACAGGAUGGUGGGAUUGUAACAGAAAAACAGGGUGGUGGGGUUGUAACAGAAACGCUGGAUGGUCAGGCUGUAACAGGAACUCAGAAAAGUAGGGCUGUAACAGAAACAGAGACCAGUGAGGUUGUAACAGAAACACGGGACUUUGAGGCUGUAACAGAAAUGCAGGACAGCAAGGCUGUAACUGAAAUGAUGGAUGGUGAGGCUAUAACCAAAAUGCAGGACAGUCAGAUUGCAACAGAAAUGCAGGAUGUUCAGGCUGUAACAGAAACACAGGUUGGUCAGGCUGUAGCAGGAACCCAGAACAGUCAGGUUGUAACAGAAACACAGAGUGUUCGGGCUGUAACAGGAACACAAGAUGGUCAGGCUGUAACAGCAACACAGAACAAUGAGGUUGUAACAGAAACAGAGGAAGGUCAGGCUGUAAUAGGAACACAGAACAGAGAGGCUGUAACAGCAACACAGAAUGGUGAGGCUGUAACAGAAACACAGGACAGCCAGGCUGUAAUAGGAAUGCAGAACAGAGAGGCUGUAACAGAAACACAGGACAGCAAGGCUGUAACUGAAAUGAUGGAUGGUGAGGCUAUAACCAAAAUGCAGGACAGUCAGAUUGCAACAGAAAUGCAGGAUGUUCAGGCUGUAACAGAAACACAGGUUGGUCAGGCUGUAGCAGGAACCCAGAACAGUCAGGUUGUAACAGAAACACAGAGUGCUCGGGCUGUAACAGGAAGACAAGAUGGUCAGGCUGUAACAGGAACACAGAACAAUGAGGUUGUAACAGAAACAGAGGAAGGUCAGGCUGUAACAGCAACACAGAAUGGUGAGGCUGUAACAGAAACACAGGACAGCCAGGCUGUAAUAGAAAUGCAGAACAGAGAGGCUGUAACAGAAACACAGGACAGCAAGGCUGUAACUGAAAUGAUGGAUGGUGAGGCUAUAACCAAAAUGCAGGACAGUCAGAUUGCAACAGAAAUGCAGGAUGUUCAGGCUGUAACAGAAACGCAGGUUGGUCAGGCUGUAGCAGGAACCCAGAACAGUCAGGUUGUAACAGAAACACAGAGUGUUCGGGCUGUAACAGGAACACAAGAUGGUCAGGCUGUAACAGGAACACAGAACAGAGAGGCUGUAACAGCAACACAGAAUGGUGAGGCUGUAACAGAAACACAGGACAGCCAGGCUGUAAUAGGAAUGCAGAACAGAGAGGCUGUAACAGAAACACAGGACGUUGAGGCUGUAACAGAAAUGCAGGACGUUGAGGCUGUAACAAAAAAGCAGGAUGGUCAGGCUGCAACAGGAACACAGAACAGUAAGUCUGUAAUGGAAACACAGGACAGUCAGGCUGUAACAGAAACACAGGACUUUGAGGCUGUAACCAAAAAGCAGGAUGGUCAGGCUGCAACAGGAACACAGAACAGUAAGUCUGUAAUGGAAACACAGGACAGUCAGGCUGUAACAGGAAUGCAGAACAAUGAGACUGUAACAGAAACACAGGAUGGCCAGUCUAUAAAAGAAACACAGAACAGUCAGGCUGUAACAGGAAUACAGAACAAUGAGACUGUAACAGAAACGCAGGAUGGCCAGUCUAUAAAAGAAACACAGAACAGUAAGUCUGUAACGGAAACACAGGACACUCAGGCUGUAACAGAAACACAGGACGUAGAAGCUGUAACAGGAACGCAGGAUGUUGAGGCUGUAACAAGAACACAGAACAGUCAGGCUGUAACAAGAAUGCAGAACAAUGAGGCUGUAACAGAAACGCAGGUUGGCCAGUCUAUAAAAGAAACACAGGACAGUCAGGCUGCAGCAGGAACACAGAACAGUAAGUCUGUAACGGAAACACAGGACACUCAGGCUGUAACAGAAACACAGGACGUUGAAGCUGUAACAGGAAUGCAGGACGUUGAGGCUGUAACAAGAACACAGGGCAGUCAGGCUGUAACAGGAAUGCAGAACAAUGAGGCUGUAACAGAAACACAGGAUGGCCAGUCUAUAAAAGAAACACAGAACAGUCAGGCUGUAACACGAACGCAGAACAGUAAGGCUGUAACAGAAACACAGGACAGUCAGGCUGCAACAGGAACACAGAACAGUGAGAUUGUAACAGAAACACAGGACAGUCAGGCUGUAACACGAACGCAGAACAGUAAGGCUGUAACAGAAACAUGGGACGUUGAAGCUGUAACAGGAAUGCAGGAUGUACAGACUGUAACAAGGGCACAGGACAGUCAGGCUGUAACAGAAACACAAGAUGCUCAGGAUAUAACUGGAAUGCAGAACUGUGAAGCUAUAACAGAUAUACAGGAUAGUGAGGCUGUAAAAGAAACACAGAAUGGUCGGACUGUAAUAGGAACACAGAACAGUGAGGCUGUAACUGAAACACAGAAUGGUCAGGCUGUAACAGAAACACAGGACAGUCAGGCUGUAACAGAAACACAGGACAGUCAGGCUGUAACAGAAACACAAGACAGUCAGGCUGCAACAGGAACACAGGGCAGUCAGGCUGUAACAGGAACACAGGGCAGUCAGGCUGUAACAGGAACACAAGACAGUCAGGCUGUAACAGGAACGCAGGAUGGUCAGGCUGUAACAGAAACACAAGACAGUCAGGUUGUAACAGGAACACAAGACGGUCAGGCUGUAACAGAAAUGCAGGAUGGCCAUGCUAUAAAUGAAACACAGAAGAGUCAGGCUGUAACAGGAAUGCAGAACAGUGAGGCUGUAACAGAAACACAGGACAGUCAGGCUGUAACAGAAACACAGGACGGUCAGGAUGCAACAGAAACACAGAAUGGCGAGGCUGUAACAGAAACAGAGGACAGUAAGGCUGUAACAGGAACGUUGGAUGGUCAGGCCAUAACAGGAACACAGAACAAUCAGGCUGUAACAGCAACACAGGACAGUCAGGCUGUAACAGAAACACAGGAAAGUCAGGCUGUAACAGAAACACAGGAUGGUCAGGCUGUAACAGGAACACAGAAAGAUCAGGCUGUAACAGAAACACAGGAUGCUCAGGCUGUAACAGAAACACAGGAUGCUCAGGCUGUAACAGGAACACAGGACAGUCAGGCUGUAACAGAAACACAGGACAGUCAGGCUGUAACAGGAACACAGAAAGAUCAGGCUGCAACAGAAACACAGGAUGGUCAGGCUGUAACAGGAACACAGGACAGUCAGGCUGUAACAGAAACACAGGACGGUCAGACUGUAACAGGAACACAGGACGGUCAGGCUGUAACAGAAACAGAUGAUGCAGAGAGAGAGGUGGGGACUAGUACGGGUACACAGGACAGCUGGCCAGUGCUGGAACCACAGGCAUGGCUGCACAGUUCAGAAGUACAGAGCAGUGAUGGAGGAUCACAGGGUGAACACAGUGCUCAAAUAGAGCAAGGUUCCAGGAGACAGGAAAGAGCAACAGAUCAGCAGGCAGUGAAAUUCCGGGAUGGCUCCCUCACCCCUGUAGAGGGUCUCUGGCACGUGCCAGAUCCAGACUCGGCUGAUCCGGAGAAGCUGAUCCAACCUGUUGUUGUUGGAGACUCCGCGCUUCCCCCUGUCCACAGUGCGGAGCAGGGAUGCAGUGACGGCGCAGCGCAGCUGGAGACACCAGGAGUCCGGACAAUGGAGCUACCCGGGGAAACUCUGGGUGGAGCAGAAGUUCCCAGGAGGAGGGAAGUCCAUCCAGAGAUGGGCACGGUGGAACCGCUGGAGUGAUGCCAGAAUUGUCCAACCGAUCACCGGCAGGCCGUGGUCCCCGCCCGUUUGCUGUAGAGCCUCCAGGCUGAAAUUCCCACCGAGUUCUCCCCGCAAGCAGCUGAACCACCGACCAGUUGGUGAUUCCAUUUAUUUGUUUAUUUAUUUAGAGAUACGGCGUGGAACAGGUGCUUCCGGCACUUCGACCCACUGAUUUAAUCCUAGCCUAAUCACGGGACAAUUUACAAUAACCAAUUAGCCUACUGACCGGUACGUCUUUGGACUGUGGGAGUAAACCAGAGCACCCGGAGGAAACCCACGCACGCAUUGGAAGGAAGGUACAAUUUUUUACAGUGGACAAGGGAAUCGAGCCCCGAGCUGUUAUCGCGUUGCGCUAACCUCUGUGCCCCGGUGACGCUCUGCUGCUUAUGGUCUACCACGCUGGACUUUGAAACUGUUU